CUUAUUCAUCUACUUCUCUCUCACUUUGAUCUGCUUAUUCCAUUUCCAUUUCAUUCAUAAACCCUCUCAGGUUUCUUUUGUUUUCUGAAAAUUUCCUCCUUCUGGGUUCUCUCUUGCUGGGUUCGACUCAGUUUCUUGAGAAAAAUCUGUCAUUUUCUCUUCCUUUCUCGGGAAAUUUGAGAAGAAAUGGUUAAAAAGGCUUCUUCACCGUCCUCCUCUCCGGUGACCAUCACGGUCUCUUCAGGAGGCAAAGGAGGAGCGAUCAGAAGUAUGGGAUUGACGAGUCCGGUACCGCGCUCUUCGGUGUUGAACAACCCAAAUUCUCCUCUCAGUGGCAGAGGGAAUCGGGGUUCGAGUGGUGGAAGGCGGACAUCGACCGGUGGGAGAUAUGAUGAAGAGGUGGUGAAUUCGGAGUAUGUCACUUACACUGUUCAUAUGCCUCCAACUCCUGAUCACAAUCCCAUAUCCGCCUCACAGACAAGUCUCAAUGAAGAUGACAAAAAUUUGGGGAAACCAGAGAGGAGUUUCAUUUCUGGGACUAUUUUCACAGGAGGAUUCAAUUCGGUGACUCGUGGGCAUGUGUUGGAGUGCUCGAUGGAACGAAAAGAGACGAUGAAAUCGGGAAUUUUGUGUGGGAUGAAGGGUUGUGAUGAGAAGGCGAUGCAAGGCAAGGUGUUGAGGGGGGGUCCAUGUGAGUGUGGAUUCAAGAUUUGCAGAGAGUGUUACUUGGAUUGUGUUGGAAGUGGAGGUGGUCAUUGUCCUGGUUGCAAGGAACCGUACAAGGAUGUGAAUGAUGAUGAUGGGAGUUCUUAUGAUGAUGAUGAACCCAGGUCUGAAGCAGAGGAUCAGGCACUUCCAUUGCCUUCUAUGGCAGAUUUCAAGCCAGACAAGAGGCUUUCUCUUGUGAAAUCUUUCAAAGCUCCGAACCAUGAUUUUGAUCACACGCGUUGGCUCUAUGAAACGAAGGGAACGUAUGGGUAUGGAAAUGCAGUGUGGCCCAAAGAUGGCUAUGGCUUUGGGUCUGGAGUAAACGGUUUUGAGCACCCUCCUGACUUUGGGGAGAAAACCAGGAGGCCUUUAACCAGGAAGGUUAAUGUUUCUGCUGCAAUAAUUAGUCCAUACAGAUUGCUUGUACUACUUCGUCUUGUUGCUCUUGGAUUCUUCCUUACAUGGAGGAUAAGGCAUCCUAAUCGUGAUGCAAUGUGGCUAUGGGGAAUGUCCAUAACUUGUGAACUUUGGUUCGCUCUCUCAUGGAUACUAGACCAGCUCCCAAAGCUCUGUCCUAUUAACAGAGUUACUGACCUCUCUGUUCUGAAAGACCGAUUUGAAUCCCCCAACCUUAGGAAUCCGAAAGGAAGAUCAGAUCUUCCCGGGAUUGAUGUGUUUGUUUCCACAGCAGACCCCGAAAAAGAACCCCCUCUUGUCACAGCAAAUACCAUACUAUCAAUCCUCGCUGUUGAUUAUCCAGUGGAAAAGCUGGCGUGUUAUCUUUCUGAUGACGGUGGAUCUCUUCUCACGUUUGAAGCUCUUGCCGAGACUGCAAGCUUCGCGAGAACUUGGGUUCCUUUCUGCAGGAAACAUGGGAUAGAGCCGAGAAAUCCUGAGGCAUAUUUUGGGCAGAAACGCGACUUCCUUAAAAACAAAGUAAGGCUUGAUUUUGUGAGGGAGAGGAGGAGAGUAAAGAGGGAAUAUGAUGAAUUCAAGGUGAGAAUCAACUCCUUACCAGAAUCUAUAAGGCGACGAUCAGAUGCAUAUAAUGCCCAUGAAGAGCUUCGGGCAAAGAAGAAACAAAUGGAGAUGGGGGGCAAUCUUUCGGAACCCAUUAAAGUUCCAAAGGCUACUUGGAUGGCUGAUGGUUCGCAUUGGCCUGGAACAUGGUCAUCAGCAGAGACAGACCACUCAAGAGGAGAUCAUGCUGGUAUAAUUCAGGCAAUGCUAGCACCCCCAAAUGCAGAACCAGUCUUUGGCGCAGAAGCAGAUGGGGAGAACUUGAUUGAUACAACAGAAGUUGAUAUAAGGUUGCCAAUGUUGGUAUACGUAUCUCGUGAGAAGAGGCCAGGUUAUGAUCACAACAAGAAAGCUGGAGCCAUGAAUGCUCUGGUCCGAACCAGCGCAAUUAUGUCGAAUGGCCCAUUUAUUCUUAAUCUUGACUGUGAUCACUACAUCUACAAUUCACUGGCUCUAAGGGAAGGAAUGUGCUUUAUGCUGGACAGAGGUGGUGACAGGAUCUGUUACGUUCAAUUCCCCCAGAGGUUCGAGGGGAUUGAUCCAAAUGAUAGGUAUGCAAACCACAACACAGUGUUUUUUGAUGUGAGCAUGAGGGCUCUUGAUGGCUUGCAGGGCCCAAUGUAUGUAGGGACAGGCUGCGUUUUCCGGAGAAUUGCUCUUUAUGGGUUCAGUCCUCCAAGAGCCACAGAACACCAUGGGUGGUUUGGUAGAAGGAAAAUCAAGUUGUUCCUGAGAAAACCCAAGGUGACUAAGAAGGAAGAGGAGGAAAUGGUUUUGCCAAUUAUUGGGGAUCACAAUGAUGACGAUGCAGACAUUGAGUCCUUGCUUCUUCCCAAAAGGUUUGGGAACUCUAAUUCUCUAGCUGCAUCCAUCCCAGUUGCGGAAUUCCAAGGAAGGCCGCUUCAAGACUUGCAGGGAAAGGGUAGCCAUGGCAGGCCAGCUGGUUCUCUGGCUGUGCCUCGUGAGCCUUUAGACGCUGCAACAGUUGCAGAGGCAAUUAGUGUUAUCUCUUGCUUCUAUGAGGAUAAAACUGAGUGGGGAAAAAGAGUGGGUUGGAUAUAUGGAUCUGUAACAGAAGAUGUUGUGACUGGUUAUCGUAUGCACAAUAGGGGUUGGAGAUCAGUCUACUGUGUCACCAAGCGAGAUGCCUUCCGAGGAACAGCUCCAAUCAAUCUGACUGAUAGGCUUCACCAAGUCCUUCGAUGGGCAACUGGGUCUGUGGAGAUCUUCUUCUCUCGGAACAACGCUCUCUUUGCAAGCCGAAGGAUGAAAUUCUUGCAGAGAGUGGCAUAUUUCAAUGUGGGAAUGUACCCGUUCACCUCCUUGUUUCUCAUAGUCUAUUGCUUUCUGCCUGCAGUUUCUCUGUUCACAGGGCAGUUCAUAGUCCAGACCCUGAGCGUGACCUUUUUAGUGUUCUUGCUGAUGAUCACGCUCACUCUCUGCUUUCUGGCAAUCCUGGAGAUCAAAUGGUCAGGAAUCACUCUCCAUGACUGGUGGAGGAACGAGCAAUUCUGGUUGAUAGGUGGAACAAGCGCCCACCCUGCUGCUGUGAUGCAGGGGCUAUUGAAGGUGAUUGCAGGGGUAGACAUCUCAUUCACAUUGACAUCCAAAUCAGCUACACCUGAGGAUGGGGAUGAUGAGUUUGCAGAGCUAUACGUGGUGAAAUGGAGCUUUCUAAUGGUUCCCCCCAUAACCAUCAUGAUGAUAAACAUGAUUGCAAUUGCAGUGGGAGUAGCGAGGACAUUGUACAGCACAUUCCCGCAGUGGAGCAAGCUGGUUGGAGGAGUGUUCUUCAGCUUCUGGGUGUUGUGCCACCUCUAUCCAUUUGCAAAGGGGUUGAUGGGAAGGAGACGGAGAGUUCCAACCAUCGUCUUUGUAUGGUCUGGAUUGCUCUCCAUCAUUAUUUCUCUGCUUUGGGUGUACAUCAGCCCCCCUUCUGGGAGGCAGGAUUACAUGAAGUUCCAGUUCCCUUGAGAGGAGGAGGAGGGGGGUGGAGCCACGACAAACUUGAAGUUUCUCAACUUCACUUUCUAGUUUGUAGUUUAUAUUUUCCAUUAAUUUGCUCCAUUUCAUUUUCAAUGUAAUCGGCUUGGUUUGUUUUGAACUCUUUGUUGGUUGGAGAAUGUAAUAUUCUACAGUCUACUACUUAAAAUUCAACCAGUGCCACUUUCUGCUA